AAAAAAAAAAGAGAAAGGAGAAGACAAAGAGGGAACAAGUUGGGGAUAUAAUAAUAAUUGAGUUUUCAAAAGGGCAUUAUAGAUUAUAAUUGGCCAACCUGACAACAUCUCAUAUCAUUCACUUCCUAUAUUAAUCCUCUCUUUCUCUUUUCAUUUCACAUUUCACAUCUCUCUUUCUAUAAGAACCCUAAAAGAAGGUUUCUCUUGUCCUCUAUACACUUACCACCACUCAUAAAAAAUAGAUCUUUAGAGGAAAAAUCAGCUUUAGAUCAAGGUUUCUCUUGUCAUCUCUACCGAUAAAGAUCAAAUCAUUCUCAUUCAAAACCAAGAGAGUAUAUCAUGAUGAUGGGAAAAGAGGAUCUGGGUUUAAGUCUUCGCUUGGGAUUUGCACAAAACCACCAUCCUCUUCAGCUAAAUCUAAAACCCACUUCUUCAUCAAUGUCCAAUCUCCAGAUGUUUCCAUGGAACCAAACUUUUGUUUCUUCCUCAGAUCAUCAAAAGCAACAGUCUCUUAGGAAAAUCGACGUGAACAGCUUGCCAACGACGGUGGAUUUGGAGGAGGAGACAGGAGUUUCAUCUCCAAACAGUACGAUCUCGAGCACCGUGAGCGGCAAGAGGAGGAGUGAGAGAGAAGGAACCUCCGGUGGUGGUGCCGGAGAUGACCUCGACAUCACUCUUGAUAGAUCUUCCUCACGUGGAACCUCCGAUGAAGAAGAAGAUUACGGAGGUGAGACUUGUCGGAAGAAGCUCAGGCUAUCCAAAGAUCAAUCCGCAGUUCUUGAAGACACUUUCAAAGAGCACAAUACUCUCAAUCCCAAGCAGAAGCUGGCUUUGGCUAAGAAGCUAGGUUUAACAGCAAGACAAGUGGAAGUGUGGUUCCAAAACAGAAGAGCAAGGACAAAAUUGAAGCAAACCGAAGUGGAUUGCGAGUAUUUGAAGAGAUGUGUAGAGAAAUUAACUGACGAGAAUCGGCGGCUCGAGAAAGAGGCGGCGGAACUAAGAGCAUUAAAGCUUUCACCGCGGUUGUAUGGUCAGAUGAGUCCACCGACCACACUUUUGAUGUGUCCAUCGUGCGAACGUGUGGCCGGACCAUCCUCAUCUAACCACAACCAACGAUCUGUCUCUUUGAGUCCAUGGCUCCAAAUGGCCCAUGGGCCGUCAACCUUUGAUGUGAUGCGUCCUAGGUCUUAACUUUAAUGCCGGUUCUAUGGGUUGUUAUGUGGGUCAUUGUACUUUUUAGAUUAUUGACUCUCAGCUAUGUAUCCUUAAAAGCCUUUUUCAUUUUAAAUUUACUUUAAUCUGAUUAAAUUAGUUAUUCUUGUCUU